UAUACCCAUGUCGCGUCAAUUGCGCUCCAUCAGCAUACACCGCAUGUGUAGCACACAUAGUUUACAAAAGUAAUAUCACAUCAGUGCGUGCGAGUGUAAUACCGAUCGACGAGGGUUAACGUGGGACGAUUUUAUUCUUAGAGCGGGAGAUAUCAAAGCGACUGGGCUGCAGGGCUUCCAUAUCUGCGCGCACGUGAGCACCGCCAACAACAACAGCUGCAGAUGUCGGCCGCUUGCGGGGACACGUCCGAGAGCCGCGGCAGCUGCGACGAGGCGAUGGGGCUGUCCCGGCUGCAGCUGGAUGACGUGCCGCGGCCAAGGACACAGUCGCAGCUCGAGAAGAGACUGCCGAGGAGCAAAGGCGAGCUCAGGAAUCACAAGUCGAGCGGCCUCACCCACGAGUGCGGGGUCUUUGGCUGCAUAGCCGCCGGCGAUUGGCCACCCCAAAUCGACGUGCCACAGGUCAUAUGUCUCGGUCUGGUGGCGUUGCAGCACCGUGGCCAGGAGAGCGCGGGCAUAGUGACGAGCGAGGGCGUGUGCGCGAAAUCGUUCCACGUGCACAAGGGCAUGGGCAUGAUAAACAACAUAUUCAACGACGACAGUAUGCGCAAGCUACGGGGUAACCUGGGUAUCGGGCACACGCGGUACAGUACGAGCGCCGCGAGCGAGGAGGUCAAUUGUCAGCCCUUUGUCGUCCACACGGCUCACGGGGCCCUGGCGGUCGCCCACAACGGUGAACUCGUCAAUACAGAGUCGCUGCGAAAAAUGGUCCUUGGCCGGGGUGUUGGGCUGUCGACGCACUCGGAUUCGGAGCUCAUCACCCAGGCUUUGUGCCUGAAUCCGCCCGAGGGUGAGCUCAACGGGCCAGAUUGGGCCGCGAGGAUCAAGCAUCUCAUGCAGCUAGCGCCGCUCUCCUACUCCCUGGUUAUCAUGCAGAGGGACCGCAUCUACGGGGUCAGAGAUCCGUACGGCAAUCGGCCGCUCUGCAUCGGCAAAAUCGUGCCCAUCAAUAAUUUAGGACACGAUUCGGACGACGACAACAUCGAGGCGGAGGGCUGGGUCAUAUCGUCGGAGUCGUGCGGCUUCUUGAGCAUCGGGGCGCGCUACGUGCGCGAAGUCUUUCCGGGUGAGAUUGUCGAGAUGACGCGGGAGGGCAUCAAGACUAUCGACAUCGUCGAGAGGCCGAACAAGAAGCCCCAGGCUUUUUGUAUUUUCGAGUACGUGUACUUUGCCAGGAGCGACAGUAUUUUCGAAGGACAAAUGGUGUACUCGGUGAGGAUGCAGUGCGGACGCGUUCUCGCCCAGGAGUGUCCGAUCGAGGCCGACAUAGUCAGUUCUGUCCCGGAAUCCGGGACUGCCGCCGCACACGGCUACGCCAGAGAGUCCAACAUUCCGUUCGCCGAAGUCUUGUGCAAAAACAGAUACGUCGGCAGAACGUUUAUUCAGCCAAGCACGAGGUUGCGGCAGCUCGGCGUCGCCAAAAAGUUCGGCGCUCUUUCGGAAAACGUCAAAGGCAGGAAAAUCAUUCUCAUCGACGAUUCGAUCGUGAGGGGAAACACCAUUGGCCCGAUCAUCAAGCUCUUGAAGGACGCCGGAGCCAAAGAGGUUCACAUAAGGAUUGCGUCCCCGCCGCUAAAGUAUCCCUGCUACAUGGGUAUCAACAUCCCCACGCGCGAGGAGCUGAUAGCCAACAGACUCGACAGCGUUCGGCUGGCCAGGCAUGUCGGGGCCGACAGUUUGACGUAUCUAUCCGUGGAAGGACUCGUUCAAGCCGUCAGACACGGUAUGGAUAAUCGUGACAGUAGUUACAUCGGUCACUGCACAGCUUGUCUCACUGGCGAGUAUCCCGAUGAACUUCCAUGUGAUUUGAAUUGGUGAAGAUUUCAUUUAUCCAAUAGUUGAUAACGAGCUGUUUCUGUAGACAGAUAAUGGAGUACCUCAAUGUUAAAGACAUACGUAUCUUAUACUUACAUAAUAUGCAAUAAUCUUUUUAGUGUGUGCCUUAUGUUGGACUGUUGCAUUCAACAAUAUCAUUAGGUGUGUGAUUGAAAGUGGCAACUGUUACAUUUGGAGUAAAUAAGAUUGUUACUUGUAAGUUGAAAAAACAAAAAAACUAAUGAUAAGUUUUAAGUAUAAAAUUUUAUUACGUAAGAAAUUAUAUUUUUAUCUGAACUUUAAAAGUAGUUGUUAUUGUAUACGUGUAAGCAUUUAAUUGAUUAAUCGUAUCAAUUUUUUUACAUGAUUUUGUUAAUGAUGAAGCAAUACAAUUUUAUCGAUUGAUAAAAACAAAGUAGCAA